UCUUCCCUUAUAUCAUCGACUCAACUCUCCUUCCCCCUUUCCCCUUUCCUUCUUAUCAAACUCUAACUACCCCAACAACAGAAAGAGAGAAGGAGACAAGAUUGUUUAGGAAUAAAUAAACAAAACAAAGAAAGGAAGAAAGAAGAGAUGAUGGAAGAAUUGAUGAAGCUUAAGGAGACGGAGCUCUGCCUUGGCCUACCCGGAGGCGUUGAAACCGUGGAGACGCCGACCAAAUCAGGUGUGGGGAACAAGAGAGGCUUCUCGGAGACAGUUGAUUUCAAACUCAAUCUUCAAUCUAACAAACAGGGACAUGUGGAUCUCAACGUUACCGUAGCUCACAAGGAGAAGACCAAAGACCCCGCUAAGCCUCCUGCUAAAGCACAGGUUGUAGGUUGGCCACCGGUUAGGAACUACCGGAAAAGUGUUAUGGCUCAUCAGAAGAGCAGCGAAGUGGAGGAGGCAUCAAGCUGCGGAGGAGGACGAGGAGGAACCGUCGCCUUUGUGAAGGUUUCAAUGGAUGGAGCUCCUUAUCUUCGAAAGGUUGACCUCAAGAUGUACAAAAGCUACAAGGAUCUCUCUGACGCCUUGGCCAAAAUGUUCAGCUCCUUUACAAUGGGGAGUUAUGGAGCACAAGGGAUGAUAGAUUUCAUGAACGAGAGUAAAGUGAUGGAUCUACUGAACAGUUCUGAGUAUGUUCCAAGCUACGAGGACAAAGAUGGUGACUGGAUGCUAGUUGGUGAUGUCCCCUGGCCGAUGUUUGUCGAGUCAUGCAAACGUUUGCGCAUUAUGAAAGGAUCAGAAGCAAUUGGACUUGCUCCAAGAGCAAUGGAGAAGUGCAAGAACAGAUCCUGAACAAAAAAUGAGGACAAUAUGCAUGAUGGGUUCUUGAAUUUUUAUUUUUUAUUGAUCUUAUGUGUUUGUAAUUUUUAAUAUUGGAGCGUAUAUAGGGAAAUAGAA